AACAAGAUGUUACUGAUCCUCACCCUGACUGCUUUGCUGUUUACAGCAUCCAUGUCACAGAUUACUGGUUAUGGCAAUAUGACAGUGGACUAUGGACGGGAUUCAAAAUAUGGAUGUGCUGUAGCCAACCUGAAAGAUGUGCAGCAGGUGACAUGGCAAAGGCUUGUCCCGGACAGGCCCAUAGAGAAUUUAGCGACGUACAGUAAGCGGUUUGGGGAGCAUGUGAAUAAUCCCUACAGAGGGAAGGUGAUCUUCACAGAAGCGACGCUCAGCUCAUCUUCCAUCACUCUGGCCAACGUCACCUGGGAGGAUGAAAGCUGUUAUAUCUGCGCCUUCAACCGGUAUCCUGAUGGGUCCAUGAGGAAGCAGAUAUGCGUCACAGUGCAAGGAAUAUCCAGUUUUAAAACAGAAGUGCAUGCUCCCAGCAGUGACCCUGAGGAAGAGGAGGAGGAGGAUGAAGAGGUUGUGUUCAGCUGCUCUGCUACAGGAAAACCAGCUCCAGCCAUACAGUGGGAAAUCCCUUCUCAAGCCACCGACACACACCGGCAGCCAAUCACUACAGUGGUAAAUGAAGACAAGACGUUUACCAGCAGCAGCAACGUCACUCUGCGACUUCCUGCUGGGUGGGAAGGACAUGUGGUCUGCCUGCUGAACAGUGGAGCCAUGGGACAAAGGAGCGAGAGGAUUCCCUUUUCUUUACCUGCCAGGGAGAAGCAGGAAGAGGAAGGGAAAACACAGUCCACCUCAGGGACUGCACUUGUGACUUCUGCUGUAGUUUCAGUCACUUUCAUCAUCAUCAUCAUCAUCGUCGUUGUUGUUGUUGUAAUAAAGCGAACAAGGCCCAGGAGACCAGAAGAAAGGAAAAUGGACAAUAAUGAUUUAAAUGUAGUUUUAAUGUAACCUUUAACAGUGUUUAAUAUAAAAUCUGCAAACCAAGGAUCACAGAUAGUUUUUAAAAUAUUUAUUUGUAAUUUAAUUAUUCAGCACUUUAUACAUCAGCAAAGCAAGUUCAGGAGUGGUCAAAUGUUUCAAAAAUGAUCUUUUCACUGUCUACUUUCGAGUUUAAUCCAUCACAUGUAGAAAGCACUUCGCUGUUAUUCAGGGUGAGAGUGACGGCAGCUUAGUGCAAUAUAAAAGGUUUGCAUUAACAGGAAGAUAUGAAAAACUGUUUUGGUGUGCUGUCAUGCAAGUGUGCUGUGUGGGGAAGAAAGAGAAAGAAGGAAGAAAAUCACAGGCAGAAAAAUAUAUAUCAUUGUGUUAAUUUUGCAGCAAAUUUGACCUCUAUCAAGUGAUUAGGUUGAUAUAUAGAGCAACCAGGUGAUUGUUUAAGUCAACAAUAAGAAUCUAUCUAUUAUUUAUUAAUUAUACAUAAUAUGUAACAUCAUAUUAUGUAUGUUGCUGCUAUUUUGCACUUUUCUGGCAGUUUUGCACUUUAAUGUUUCUGCCCAAAUGUUAUUUAUUGCACCAUAGACAUAUUUCCUCGUAAACUGUAACUGUAGGGCUCUAUAUGUGUUAAAGAGCUAAUUGUGUGUAUUCAUUUACUGUUGCAUUAAUGUUUUACAAUGGAUUAUUAAACUCUUAUCCGCAAUAUG